AUGUUGAGUGAUCAUUUAUUCUUUGAAUUGCUCAACAUCUGGCUCAACCUAUAUGAGUUAUUUUUUAUCCUUCACACAGAUUCGAUACCUUGCAAUGUCCCUCAAAUUUUGAUAAAUCGAGAGCCGCUUGCUAACCACCUAUUCGACAUCGAGCUUUACGGUGAUUGUGAUGUGAUUGUUCGACAUCUCUGUGCUCUCCUCGGCUGGUCGCCGCCAAAUAAGCUGGGCAUUGAGAAACCAUCUUCAAAUGUCCUUCCAUCACUUACUGAUACUAGUAUUUCAACAUCUGCUUGUCUCUAUUCUGAGGUGCCAUUGAUAGAUGUCGCACGAAUUGCUGAGUCUGAAAAUGUCCCAAGUACUCGAGCGCAGGAGCCUUUGAUUGAAACCUUCAGUACCACACCACACGCCAAAACUCGUCCUUAUUCCCACUUUAAACACAAGGGACAACUAAGUAACGCAAGCAUGACUGGAACUCCCUCGUCUGGUUUUACUCAUUUUUCAUCAUAUUCUUCUGAUGCUGCAUAUAUUGCGAACAGGUCAUCUGACCGAACAGAUUUAGUUUCUCCUGUAAUUCAAACAAGUGGCCAUGUAGCAGAUUAUGCUUCGGCAAAAGGUGAAAGGGCUGCCCUUGAAUCCGGUGAUCACAGUGAGAUUGAGGAGGAUGGGCCCCACACCGCGUGGUCUGUUGCAGAUUUCCUUCCUAGUAUGCAUUCGAUCAUUGAUAGCAUUUUUUAA